AUGAAUCGCCAGCAAUGGCUGGAUCGCAUCAAGGCCUCGAGCAGGAGCGCGCCGCGAUGUGGCGAGAUCUUGAGCCUGCUGAUCCAGGAGCAAGAGCAAGAAAAGCAAGAUUUGCCCGUGUGGAACAAGCUGAUCGAGACGCUUGGGCGAUUGGGGAACAUCACGCAGGCGAGGCGCGCAUUCGAUGCCAUUGCCGCCAAGGAUGCCUUCUCGUGGGUGAUCAUGCUCUCGGUCUACUCGCGGAAUGGGCAAGUGGAAGAGGCCAGGAAGAUCUUCGACGCCAUGCCCGGCAAGAACACCGUGGCUCUCAAUGCGAUGCUGGCGGCGUAUGCCAGGAAUGGUCUCGUCGGGGACGCUAAGAACACUGCGAUGGUUGAUGCCUUUGGGGAGAUUGGCCUCCUGGGCGAUGCUAGAAGAGUGUUUGAUGGAAUGAAGCUUCGAGAUCUCGUGACUUGGAAUGCUAUGAUCUCUGCGCUUGCCCGGAGCGGGCAUUUCGAGGAGUGUCGAGAGCUGUUUGAUAAGCUUCCUUUGCAGAGCUUGGUAUCUUUCACUGCUGUGCUGGGAACUUUUGCGCAACAAGGGGAUUUGGAGGUUGCAAAGAUUCUUUUCGACGAAAUGCCCGAAUGGGAUCUUGUGUCGUGGAACGCCAUGAUUUCACUGUAUGCCCAAAGCGGGCAUUUUGACAGAGCAAAGGAGAUGUUUGAUCUGAUGCCCAAGAGGGAUGUUUUCACCUGGACGGCAAUGCUUGUCGCUACAAUCACUUCUCAGGGCUUGCGAGAGGCAAAGCUUUUGUUUGAUCGAAUGCCAGAGAGAAGUAUAGUCUCUUCGACUGCGCUUCUUGCCGCAUAUGCCCAGAGAGGGCAUCUCCAAGAAUCCAGAGACCUGUACCGCUCGAUGCCCGAGAAAGAUCUCUACUCCGCCACCGCAAUGCUGGGCGUUCUUGCGCAGCACAGCCUGGUCGGAGAGGCGCAAGGGAUUUACGAGAGCAUGCCCGAGUGUGAUCUCAUCUCAUCCACGGCAAUGCUGGUUGCGAAUUCCACCCAAUCUGUCGAUUCCGCGAAAGCAAUGCUAGAAUCCCUGCCGGACAAGCUCGAUCCCACCGCCUGGAACGCGAUCAUCUCCGCCCUAGCCCACAGCGCGCACGGGCUGGAAGAAGCUCGGGCGCUGUUCGAUUCCAUGCCCCAACGAGAUGGCGCUUCGUGGAGCGCGAUGCUAGAGGCAUAUGCCCGGCAUGGGUAUCUUUCCCUGGCUCGGGAGAUAUUCCAGGGCAUCCCACAGCGCGACGACUUCGCGUGGAACUCGAUGCUGGCGGCAUAUUCCCGGAACGGGUAUCUUGCCGAGGCAUAUGCGGUGUUCGAUUCCAUGCCCCGCCAGGACUUCGUCGCGUGGAGCUCGAUGCUCGCGGCAUAUUCCUUGAAUGGGCAUCCUUUGCAGGCAUUGGACGUUUUCGACGAGAUGAAGGCCAGCGAGUUUCCCGACGAGGUGUGCUUCGUGCUCGUGCUACUUUCGUGUAGCCAUGCCGGGAAAGUCUACGACAGCGGCAGGAACUUCGUGUCGAUGGCUAUGGAUUUCGGGAUUCAGCCGACAAGGCAGCACUACUGCUGCAUGGUCGACUCGCUCGCUCGAUCCGGAUUCGUGCGAGAGGCUCGGGAGCUUGUCGGGAGCAUGCCAUUUGUUCCAGACUCGGUGGAGUGGACGGCGCUGCUGGGGAGUUGCAAGAACCACGAAGAACACCGGGAUGGAGCUCUGGCGGCCAAGUCGGCCCUUAACUCGGCUCCGGGAGACUCGUCUUCGUAUCUGCUGCUUGCGAGCUUUGUGUGA